AUGAUGCAUUCUUGUGUUGAGAGGAUGAUGAUAAUAUGGAGCUUGUGUUUAAUCUUCUGCAUUUCGAACUCAGUACUUGUCAUUGCUAAAGACUUGUGUCUUCCCGACCAGAGGGAUGCUCUUUUGGAGUUCAAGAACGAAUUCUAUAUCCCAAGCCAGGAUUCUGGUUUUAUGAUUAUUAUAGGGAAGACAGAGAAGUGGAGGAACAACACUGAUUGCUGUUCUUGGGAUGGUGUCUCUUGUGAUCCUAAGACUGGAGUGGUGGUUGAGUUGAACCUCGAGUACAGUAAUCUCAAUGGCCCUUUGAGAUCUAAUAGCAGCCUGUUUAGACUACAACAUCUUCAGAGGCUAGCUCUUGCCAACAAUUAUCUUUCCGGUAUCCUACCAGAUUCCAUCGGCAACCUCAAAUAUUUGAGGUCUUUGAGUUUUCGUCGUUGCUAUCUCUUUGGAAAAAUUCCUUCAUCACUCGGAAGUCUUUCUUAUCUCACUUUUCUUUCUCUUUCGGAAAAUGAUUUCACCAGUGAUUCGAUGGGCAACCUAAACAGACUAACAGAUUUUCAACUUAUGCUACUCAACUUGAGCUCGCUUACCGGUAUCAACCUUGGUUAUAACCAGUUCAGAGGUAUGCUCCCAUCUAACAUGAGUAGUCUCUCCAAACUGGAGGCUUUUGAUAUUAGUGGAAAUUCAUUUUCUGGAACCAUUCCCUCUUCUCUCUUCAUGAUCCCUUCGUUGACCUACCUUGACCUGGGAACAAACGACUUCAGCGGUCCUUUUGAGAUUGGGAAUAUCUCUUCACUAUCUAAUCUUCAACAAUUAUACAUUGGAGAAAACAAUUUCAAUGGACCAAUCCCAGGAUCUAUCUCGAAACUAGUCGGGCUCUCGGCUCUUAGCCUCUCUUUCUGGGACGUAGGAGGGGGCAUUGUUGAUUUCAGCAUCUUCUUGCAUCUCAAGUCACUUAGGUCACUUAAUCUCGCCUAUCUGAAUACAAGAAGCAUGGUUGAUUUGAGUUGUUUCUCACAUCUCAUGUUACUUGAGCUGGAUCUUUCAGGGAAUGAUUUAAAGAUCAGUUCAACUCUCCAUUUUCCCUCACCCAUGUACACCUUGAUUUUAUCAUCCUGCAAUAUUUCAGAGUUUCCCAAGUUUCUACAAAACCAAACCAGUUUGGAGUAUUUAGACAUCUCUGCCAAUCAAAUUGAAGGCCAAGUACCAGACUGGUUAUGGAGUUUGCCAAAGUUGCGGAAGGUAAACAUUUCCCAGAAUUCCUUCAGUGGAGAACUAACUAUGUUACCAAACUCUAUCUACAGCUUUAUAGGCUCUGAUAAUCAGUUUUCGGGAGAGAUUCCUAAGACAAUAUGCGAAUUAGAAAUACUUUUUUUAUCCAACAACAACUUCAGUGGUUCUCUUCCACGGUGUGUUGAGAAUAAAUUUUCUCGUUCGAUCUUGCAUCUUCGGAAUAACAGUCUCUCUGGUCUUAUUCCGGAAGAAAUUCUCAGUGGUAACUUGAUGUCACUUGAUGUUGGUCACAACCAGUUGUCGGGACAACUUCCCAAGUCCCUGAUGAACUGCACUUAUCUCCAGUUUCUAAACGUGGAAGAUAACAGAAUCAAUGAUACAUUUCCAUUUUGGUUGAGAUCGUUGCCCUAUCUACAGAUUCUCGUCCUUCGUUCUAACGAGUUCCAUGGGCCAAUAUCUUCUCCAGGAGAUUCUUUGAGUUUCCCCGAGCUGCGAAUUUUCGACAUUUCAGAAAAUAGCUUCAGUGGAGGCUUGCCAUCAGAUUACUUUGUUGGUUGGAGUGCAAUGUCAUCGGUUGUAGCCAUUGAUUAUAGGCUUAUUUUUUCUGCUUCCGCAGGUCUCCGAGAAUCCUAUCAUAAUUCUGUGGUUCUGACAAACAAAGGAUCAAAGGUGGAGCUGGUUGGGAGUGGUUUCACAAUCUACAAAACCAUUGAUGUCUCCGGAAACAGACUCGAAGGAGAUAUUCCAAAAUCCAUUGGUAUACUCAAGGAACUGAUUGUGCUCAAUAUGUCCAACAACGCUUUCACUGGCCAUAUUCCACUAUCUCUAUCAAACUUGAGCAAUCUCGAAUCAUUGGAUCUAUCUCAAAACAGAUUAUCCGGCAGCAUCCCACCAGAGCUCGGGAAACUUACGUUUCUAGAGUGGAUGAACUUCUCGUACAACAGGCUUGAAGGUCCAAUACCACAAGCCACACAGAUUCAGAGCCAGAACAGUUCGUCUUUCGCAGAGAAUCCCGGGCUUUGCGAUCUCAUGAAGCAUAAGCAUCAGUUGCUGCGUAUUGUAACUGCUCCUUUAAUAGAGGGUGUACCUCCCAGUUCUCAAGCCUGGUUCUGUUUGGCUUCAGGAGCUGCAAUGAAACAGUUUUAA